GCCCAAGCCUCCCCCACAUAUAUGUAUAUAGAUAUCUGUAUAUAUGUAUGUAUCUAUGUAUAUUUAUGUUAGAUGUACAUAUAUUUUUAGAUGUUAUACACAAUUCCCUUUUUAUACUUACUUCAAAGCCCAUAUAAAUUCUCCCGGUUUGCCAAACUAAAAGCUCAGUUUAUUUUCAUCGCUCUGGCGAAUGGUUUGCGCGUUUAUUGUUCUUUUCAAAAAAUUAAAUUGCAACUCAUAUAAAAACACAAACUUAACAGCUUCCACGUUCGAUGUUGCUCUACGUAAUCAUUACCGGUCUGGCUUUUAUUGCCGCCUGGCUCUAUAAGCUCAAUCGAGAUUAUUGUGUAAUGGCAUUUUUUGCAAAACGCUUAAAAACAGUAGACGGCACGCCGCUGGAGAAUAUUGUACCUCAGGCGAAGGCAGAGACAAUAUUCGCAAAUGUUUUCGAUUGUUUUGGUGCUGAUAAUGUGGCACUAUUCGAGAACAGUCGCAUUUCGGCUACAACUUUGAGAAAAAGUUAUGUAGAAUAUGGUUUAUUUACGACUUUUUAUAACAUAAUCACCGCCGAAGAUGCUGAACUACUGCUGAAUGAUAAGAAUUUAAUUACCAAAGGCAUAGCAUACUAUUUCUUGGAGCCAUUUUUGCACACAGGCUUGCUAACAUCAACAGAUAAAAAAUGGCAAACGCGCAGAAAAUUAUUAACACCUGCAUUCCAUUUUAAUAUACUUGGACAGUUUGAGGAGGUUUUCAAAGAGGAAAGUCAAAAAUUCGUCGACCAGCUAAAUAGCAUUGAUACAAACUCAAUCACUUUAAAUGAAAUCAUACCGAAAUUCACAUUAAAUAGCGUUUGUGAGGCCGCCUUGGGCGUCAAACUGGAUGAACAACUGGAUGACCAGCAAUAUCGUGCGAGUUUCAAAAUGAUCGAAGAAGCAUUUAUCGCACGCAUCAGAAAUCCAUUCUAUAUGAUCGAUACCAUAUAUAACGUAUUCAUGGCGCCGAAAAUGGAAAAACAUUUGAAAACUGUACAUGGAUUCUCCAGCAAUAUUAUUCAUAAGCGGCGUCAGCUAUUUGCGGCGGAGUUGGAACAUAAUGCGACAAAGGAAGCAAAUGAAAUGGAUUUUGGCAAAAAGAAACGCUACGCCAUGUUGGAUACACUCUUGCACGCCGAGCGCAAUGAACUAAUCGAUCAUGCAGGCAUCUGUGAGGAGGUGGACACAUUUAUGUUUGAGGGAUUCGACACCACAUCGAUGGCGCUAAUAUUUACACUAAUGAAUCUAUCGCUGUUUCCUAAAAUGCAGGAGCAAUGCUAUCAAGAAAUACUCGAAUAUGUCGAUGAUGAUCUUAGUAAUUUAGACGUCAAUCAAUUGGGUAAACUCAAGUACCUGGAGUGUUUCGUGAAGGAGACUCUACGCCUGUAUCCCUCCGUGCCUGGUAUAAUGCGAAAGGCGGUACGCGACACAUAUCUCGCCAAUAAUGUUUUUCUACCCGCGGACACACAAAUCUCCAUACAUAUUUUCGAUAUACAUCGCAAUCCAAAGUACUUUGAUGAACCAAAUAAAUUCGAUCCGCUACGCUUUACACCUGAAAACUCCGAAGGCAGGCAUCCAUAUGCGUAUAUACCCUUUAGCGCUGGUCAGCGAAAUUGCAUAGGCCAAAAAUUUGCUAUGCUGGAGAUGAAAACAUUAUUAGUUUUUAUAUUAAGGAAGUUCAAAGUGUUGGCGUUAAUGGAUCCAAAGGACCUGCAAUUCGAAACGGGCAUAAUAAUAAGAACACCCAAUGCGGUUAAAGUUGGAUUAGAGAAAAGAUAAAUGUUUAAUGAUUGUAUUUGUGGUCUUUAAAGUGUUUGUAGACGGCAGUUCUACUUUGCCUAAGAAUCAAUAAUGAUAUGAUAAUAAAACAUAAAAC